AUGCAAAGUCAAACACAAAGCAGUUCGGCCGGCGAGCCGCCGUCCACUCCUCCAACGCCGCCAGCGGGACCUGCAACGCGCAAUCAGUUACGUCCCGUCAAGUAUGAUUAUGCAGAUUCAUUUGCUUGUACUUAUGUUGUGUCCGUUGUAGCUGCUUCCGUAGCAGAACUAGCCACAUAUCCACUGGAUCUCACCAAAACGCGUUUGCAAAUACAAGGCGAGGCAGCGAGUAACAGCUUAAAAACCGACCGAGUCGUUAAGACCAAGCAGUAUCGUGGUAUGUUGGCAACUGCCAUCGGCAUUGUCAGGGAAGAAGGCACAAUGAAAUUGUGGCAAGGUGUCACACCGGCGCUUUACCGCCAUGUCGUCUACAGCGGUGUGCGUAUAUGCAGUUACGACUUUCUGCGCCGUAAAUUGGGCAACGAUGAAAAUGGCAUUAUUACAUUACCGCUAUGGAAGUCGGCGCUUUGUGGUGUAUCAGCUGGCGCCGUUGCACAAUGGUUGGCUUCACCGGCCGACCUAGUUAAGGUACAAAUCCAAAUGGAGGGCAAACGUCGUUUAAUGGGCGAACCGGCACGUGUGCACGGCGCUGCACAUGCGUUCAAGGAAAUUGUGCGUCGUGGCGGUAUAGCGGGUCUGUGGAAAGGCAGCAUUCCGAAUGUACAGCGUGCGGCGCUUGUCAAUCUCGGCGAUCUCACAACAUACGACACUAUCAAGCGCAUGAUUAUGAUCAAAUUGAACAUGCCUGACUGCCACACUGUGCAUGUACUUUCCUCCAUAUGUGCCGGAUUUGUAGCUGCUAUUAUGGGCACACCGGCAGAUGUGGUGAAGACGCGUAUUAUGAAUCAGCCGACAGAUGAUAAGGGCAGGGGUCUGCUAUAUAAGGGCUCUAUCGAUUGUCUGCGUCAGACAGUGAACAAGGAAGGUUUCGCUGCACUUUAUAAAGGCUUCUUGCCCUGCUGGAUACGUAUGGCACCAUGGUCACUGACAUUCUGGCUGUCGUUCGAACAAAUUCGUAGCAUGAUCGGUGCUUCUGGUUAUUAGUUUCUUUUGUGGAACCUUAGUGUACUCAUAUUAAGUGUUUUAUAGGCGUCGCCGGUGUUGUUGCAAGCUUACAUGCGUUUCUCAAGUGAUCGGAAUAAUAAAAACGUGCUUACAAAGUUACAAAUACGUUUUCGAAACACAA